GCAUUUCCUAAGAUGUAUCGAGCAAGAAGAGUGUUAAGUUUGCCUUCGAAACCACUGUUCAGAAUAGUGACAACGCGCCGUACGCGACCGUCAUCUAUAACGCCUCUCGCCAUAAGCACUUCUCUUGCAAAGAUAUAUGCGCCUAAAGGUGCAAACGCGGUCCACGCGACGAUGUAUGCUAGGGUAGGACCAGAAGAUGUCGCAAACGUUUACUGGGAUCGACACACACAGAGUUGAAAUGGAUUUA